GUUCACCUGUGGAUGAGUUGAUCAAGCUUGGUCAAUUCAACACCGACAAACUGAUGGCAGUUACCUGGAAUAAUCCUUUUGUUCACAAAAAGAAAAGUAAAAAAACUUGUUUCUUUGUUGUUUCGGAGAACGGAUGUUGCUAAGAAUGCCUUGUAUUGAAGAAGCAAACUCCUGGGUUGAAUGUUUUGAUGAUACAAUUUGUGGAACUCAAAAGUUCAGAGGCCUAAACAUGUCAGUGGUUCAAAAACUGGUUCAGUUUAGCUGGGUUGAACUUGGAUCCACAGGCCAAUUUUGUUGGUUGGUAGUGUAUGUUUCCACUUGAACGGUCUAAUACUGAUCCAAGCCGGUUCAACCAUAUGGUUUAGUUUUUGAAACACUGGUCGUGGGGUCAUGCUUGCUUACUCACGAAGCUUUUAUGCAAAUGAGAACGUCAAGCGUUAUUAAUAAACACAAGUUGCCAUUUCUUGGCUUUAAGUGGAAACCUCUUCGUAAUUUUUUUGGAUAACUGAUGAAUCGGAUCGGGUUGAAUCGGAUCGGAUCGGAUUUUUGGACGAUAUGUUCGGGUGGGAACGUGGGGUUGAUGGGUGUUAUCGGUUUCAUUUCACCGCCACCUCACACUCAGACUUUAGCAAUCCGAUCGCUUCGUUGCUCCUUUCUCUCCGUUCAAUCCAUACUCCGCAAUCGCCGCCGCCGCAGUUGCAGCGGCAGCAACCUUCAACCGCGCCGAUUCAGCCAUUGCACCGGUAGAGGCAGCCAAAAAGUGUGGGAUAAGAGAUGAUUUUGAGGGCCAGUUUUUGCGCUUCAGUUAAUUCCAGAUGGUGCAAAACUGAACCACAACACUCUGUUCAUGUCUGUGGAAGUGUAUCAAUCGCUCGAAGCAACUAUCCUCAAAGUGCUGAUCUUUCACAGAAUUAUUUGAGAGAGGAAAAAAAACCAUCUCCAGAACUCAGAAGACAGCAUCAACCACAAAGUACCCAUAUACCUCAGAACUACUUGAAAAGGAAACAGAAACCAACUUCAGUUCCCACAGAGGAAUUAAGGCAGCAGUAUCCACAAAAUGCUGAUCUUCCUCGGUACUACUCUACAAAGGAAAAGAAACCAUUUCCAAUCCCUGUCUUGGAACUAAGGCGCGCAGCAAGAGAGAGGCUGAAGAGAAUGAAAGGAAAGCCCAGACGACCAACACCACCUCCUCGAAACGGAAUGCUGGUUAAAAGUUUGAUCCCUGUCGCAUAUGAAGUCAUGAAUGCAAGGGUCUUGCUGAUAAAUAAUCUGAAAAGGCUUAUGAAAGUAAUACCAGUUCUCGCAUGCAAGUAUUGCACUGAAGUUCAUGUGGGAUCAGUCGGGCAUCCUUUCAAAUCAUGCCGAGGUUUGCGAGCUAAUCACCGCUAUGGCCUUCAUGCGUGGGCGAUGGCAAAGGUGGAAGACGUGUUUGUGCCAAUGGAGUCCUACCAUCUCCACGAUCGCCUUGGGAGGCGGAUAACACACCAGGAGAGGUUUGCCAUUGCUCGCGUCCCAGCUGUAGUUGAACUCUGUGUCCAGGCCGGCGUCGAUCUGCCAGACCUAUCGACCAAGAGACGGAGGAAGCCUGUCAUUCGUUUGGGACGCAAUGAAAUCAUUGAUGCAGAUGAGGAUGACUUGCCUGAACCUGAACCUAGCAAGUUGAUAACACCCAUCGUGGAUGAAAUCCCUGACUCUGAAAUUGCUCCACCAGCCAAUACCGAGGAGACUGCGGUAUUGUCCGAAGAAACACUUGCAGCAUGGGAGACUUUGCGCGGGGGUGUGGCCAAGUUGAUGAGGAAAUAUCCAGUGAGAGUGUGUGGGUACUGUCCAGAGGUGCACGUAGGGCUGAGCGGGCACAAAGCGCAGAACUGCGGAGCGCACAAGCAUCAGCAGCGCAAUGGGCAACAUGGCUGGCAAGCAGCGGUGCUAGACGAUCUGAUUCCGCCCAAGUAUGUGUGGCAUGUCCCGGCAACCGCUUCAGAGCUGCAGUGGGAUCUGAGGCACUUCUACGGGCAAGCGCCGGCAGUUGUGGAGCUCUGCGCCAAAGGAGGCGCGGUGGUGCCUGAUUGCUAUAAGCCUACCAUGAGGCUAGAUAUCGGGAUACCGACCAACUCCAGAGAAGCUGAGAUGGUGGUGUGAUCACACUGCUCGUCUUUUGCAUGUAAAAUGAAGUUAGCCAACGUACAUGAGCUCAUGUUGUCAUGGCUAGUACGAGAUUAAUUUUUAACGAAGGAAAAGAGUAUAUUUAAUUAGAACUUAUAAAAUAGCAUCUUAUCAA